AUGGGCUGCACGCAGUCAACGGAAGAUGUCGCGGCCAAGCAGCGCAACGAUGAGAUCGAGGAGCAACUCCGUAGAGAUCGAGCAAAUCUCCGUAAUGAGAUCAAGAUGCUGCUGCUGGGAGCUGGAGAGUCAGGAAAGUCGACCGUGCUCAAGCAGAUGAGAUUGAUUUACAACAAGCCGUACGAUGACGACGAGCGUGAUAGCUAUCGGGAGAUCGUCUACUCCAACACGGUCCAGUCAAUGAGAGUAUUGCUCGAAGGGGUUCAGCUCAUGGAAGUCUCCAUCAACCCUCAAAAUCAAUCUCGCUGGGACAUCAUCAUGGCUGCUCCUCCUCAAGUCGAGGGAGAAGCCUUUCCGCCAAGAUUGGCAGAAGCAGUGGCUGUCCUGUGGCAGGAUCAAGGUGUAAGGGAGGCCUUUGACAGGAGGAACGAGCUUCAACUGAACGACUCAGCGCCUUACUACUUUGACGCUAUCAAUCGGAUUGCUGCGCCAGAUUACACACCUACCGACCAGGAUAUUUUGCGAGCACGAGUCAAGACAACGGGUAUCACGGAGACACACUUCAAGAUCGGAGAGCUGACCUACAAGCUUUUUGACGUCGGCGGUCAAAGAUCCGAGCGAAGAAAGUGGCUCAAUAUCUUUGAUAGCGUCAGCGCUCUCGUCUUUCUCAUCGCCAUCUCAGAGUACGAUCAGAAGUUGUACGAAGAUGAGACGGUCAACCGAAUGGAAGAAGCCAUGACUCUGUUCGAAUCCGUCGCAAAUUCGAGGUGGUUCACCAAGACAUCAAUCAUCUUGUUCCUGAACAAGAUUGAUCUGUUCCGGGCAAAGUUAUCGCAUUCACCUUUGGCCAACACCUUCCCAGAGUAUCGUGGGGGUGCCAACUACGAUGCUGCUUGUGCCUUCUUGUUGGACAAGUUUGUUGGCCUGAACAAGAAUCCUGCAAAGUCGAUAUAUGCGCACUACACUGACGCGACGGACACUCGUGCACUCGCAUUCGUCAUUUCAGCCAUCAACGAUGUCAUCAUUCAGGUCAACCUCCGGGACGCAGGUCUCUUGUAG